AGCGCCCCGUCGUAAGACAGACGGCUCGGCUCCCGCCUCCACGCCUGGAGGAAUGCGGGCAGCCACGAGAGGAAAGGGCCCGCCGGACCCGAGGCAGGGUUGGAGAAAGGAAUGGGAAAAGUCUCGUUCGCUCCCUCUCCCCGCAGUCGGAAAAGUGGUUCGUUCCUCCUCCGGUCGGGGCGGAGCGGCUGCGACGCCGCUGGAGGGAGCGAAGGUGGACGAGGAGGAAGAAAAGAGGAGGAGGAGGAGCUGCCGCAGCGGCGCGGCUGUGGGACCGCCCUCGGCCGUGGUGGCGGCGGGAGCCGAGCUGAGGAUCGCCACGCCACGGGGGAAUGGGCCCUGCUCGCCACUGACAGGCUGGCGUGGUUAAUGAGCGCCAGUCUCCUUCGCAAAGCGGGCGAGUGCGACUGUCCCCGCGGGGCCCUUAUGCCCCACGAGCUCCGUUAGAGAGCCGUUCCCUUGCCGGGCUUUUCAUCCCUUCUUGCUGCCGGCCCAAAAGCUGCCCGCGUUACCCGGAUACUCCCCAGCCGCUUGCUUGAUGUGUUGACUUCCCCCAGCAUACAACUCCUCACAAUGUUUUAUUUUCUUAAGUCUGUAACACUGUAACAGAGUCCUUACUUGUUACUCAGUCACCAUUAACUCCUGGGUUUGGUGGAGGUUUUUUGUUUGUUGUUUGUUUGGUUUUGUCUGGUUGAUUGGUUUUGUUUUCUAACUAGGAUUGCUACUAAUUCAGACUACGUUACUCCCCUUGUCCUCUCCAUAUCUAUUCUCUCCUGGCUUGUUUACCAGUAGACAUUAAGCUUCCUCCUCACCUAGCAUUUCAAGCCACUACGCCAUCCUCUCCUGUUUCUCUCAGCUGAUCUCCUUAGUAAGUACAUCAGCCACUGCCAGCCUCCCCACAAGUAGCUUUCUUCAAAGUGAAGAUCUCAAAACCAGAUAUAAACCUACUACCUUCUUUCUUAUGGCCUGCUUAUCCUGUUGUGUCUGUUUCUAGUUCUGCAUCAAAAAUUAGCUUGCCUGUCAGCUCUCUCUGGGUUUAGUCCUAUGUGAUGGUCCCACAUAGCACCUCCUGCAAGUCAUAGUAUGGCACAAAAAAUUACUCCUUAUACUGUUUCACAGGGGCAGACCUAGCCAUUUUGUGCUCAAGUUUUCAUCUUUGAUGUGUGGCCUGAUGCACAAGUUUUACAAGUCAGUUUUCUGCCAGCUCUCCUCUGUGCUACUUGAACAUAAAGAUUGUAAUGUUUUUAUGAUAUGGAAGAAUCAUCUUGGAAGCUUGUCAAGUAAAUGCAUAUACAGUCAAUGAUUCAUUCUCCAGAGUUUAUAGUUUAUGCAGCUGACAAGCUGUCUAUUGGCCAUCAUGAGUUCAUCCUCUCCAGUCAACUAUUCUAUCACAGAAGCUAGAAGCCUACAUAAUGAGGAAUGUGAGUUACUACAGAAGAGCAAUGAAUUGGAAUUGGAUGCUGUUUUAGGUCUGAAAUGGAAACUUCUUCAAGCUAAAAAAGAAAACUUGGACUUAACUAUUCAACACAAUCAAGAAGUGUCCAACUAUGAGAAACAGAUAAUUAAAUUACGGUCAGAAUUUGAGAGAGGAGAGGCCAUUCGACAAAGUCUGGAGUAUGAAUUGGCUGUUGCCAGAAAAAGUGCCCAUCUGAAAAUGUGUACUGCAGAAGAAGAAUUAAGUGAUGCAAAAAACAAACUUGUGGAACUGCAAGUACUCAAUGAAAACCUUCAGCAGAAAGUGACAGAAACUGAGAAAACGUUUCAUAAUGCUCAACAGAAGUGGGAAGAAGAACAGCAAAGACUUGCAAAGGUGAAGGAUGAUAUCAGCAAAAUUUAUAACAAUGAAUAUGUAUUCCUUCUUAAAGAAAGAAACGAAGUAGAAACUAUUUUACUGGAGCUGAAUAAUGAACUGCAAAAUACACGCAAGAAAUUAAGAGAUGUGGAAGUGGAACAUAGUGGCUGUAAUGAGGUGCUGAGAUGCCAGGCCAAUGAACUUAAAUGCAGCACUGAACGAGAGAAGAGACUUUUAAAGGAACUUGAAGGAGCUGCAGUAAGAACAAAGAAACUGGAAGAAAACAUUGAAGCAGAGAGAGCAGCACAUUUAGCAUCCAAUUUCACUUCAGAGAUCAUCCAGUUAAGAAUUCAAGAACUUGAAGAAGCUGUGCGUGUGGAAAAGGACAGACAAGAAGAAGCUCUUUCAGAUUUAGAAAUGAUCAAGAAAGAGUUCAAAGGGUUGGAAUGUGCCUAUGAGAGAGAAAAGCACAAUGCCCAAGAGAACUUAGAGAAACUCAGUGUAUUAGAAAAAGAAUGUUUCUCCUCAAACAAUCAAAUGAAAGAAGUGAUUGAGGAAAAAAAGAAGGUAAUUAUGGACCUCUCUGCAAGACUAGGGAAUGCUGAAAAAAGCUGCAGUGAUUUACAGAGCGAACUUGCAAUGGCCAAGAAACACCAGGUCUUUCUAACAGAGACGUAUGAAAACAACAUGAGAGAGCUGGAAUUACUCUUGGACAGCUUUGCUAUGUCAGACCAGCGGACAGCAGGCAUUUGUGAGGACAAAGAUAAACCUCUGAGCUGCUAUGUCGUUGAGACUUUGAGGUGUACCUUGACAGCUUACCAGAACAAGCUGGAAGAUAAGUCUAAUGAGCUUGAGAAAACGAAGACUUUGUGUAAAAAGGUGACAAAAGAACUUGAGGUAUCUGAGGAGAAAAUGUGUGCUUUAAGACAAGACCUUAAGGAAGCUCAGGAUACCAUGGCUGAUGCCAAUGAAGAGUUAAACUAUCUGCACACUAAGUGUGCAGACAGAGAGACUUUAAUAGAAACUUUAAAAUUGGAACUACAGGAUGUACAGCAAUGCUGGGAGAAAGAGCAAGUACGUGCCACAGAAUCUGAAAAUGAAAUCCAGAAGCUUACCAGAGCUUACCAGAAGGAUAUGGAGGAGAAGCUAACCUUCCUUCAUAGCUUAUACCAGCAUUUGAUAGCAGGCUGUGUACUUAUAAAACAACCAGAAGGCAUCCUAGAUAGAUUCUCUUGGCCUGAGCUUUGUGUAGUCUUGCAGGAGAAUGUUGAUGCCCUGAUCUCAGACCUCAACAGGGCUAAUGAGAAGAUAUCUCACCUGGAAUAUGUUUCUAAAAACAAGUCCAAUACUAUGAAGGAGCUUCAGCAGAGUCAGGAAGAUGCUUUUAACAAAAUGGCUGAACAAAUGAAAGCACAGGCAAGCUGUUGGCAGAAUGAAAAAAAGUAUCUGGAACAGCAGUACUCAGGCCUCCUUGGAGAAGUUCAUGCAAGGGCACAGGAAUACCAAGAAGCAGCAGAGAAAAAUAAGGAAAAAAUUUAUGUACUUGAAAAAAGUCAAGAGAAAUUGGCUCUUGAAAACACUUCUGUGAAAAAGAUGUUAACACAGUUUCAGAAGGAGCAUUCCUCACUCCUGGCAGCCUGUGCACUAUUAGCAGGUGCCCUGUAUCCUCUGUAUGGCCGAUUGUGUGCUAUGUCUUCCCAAAGAGACCUUCUCCAGGAUCAGGCGAACAUAUAUGAACUAGUGAACCAGAAGAUUAGGACCCUAGUUCAUGCUCUCUCUGAUGAAAAGGAAAACAAUCAAGAUGAAGCAAAACUAAAGAAAAGAAAAUCCCAGGGCCUGAUUUAUGUAUUCCGAAGAGCUGUGAUUGCAGUUUUGGCAGCCAACAGACUUAAGCUUUUAGCACAGUCUUCUACUUCCCUCUUCACAUGGACAAAUGGCUUAAAAGAAGGCAUUGGAAUUCCAGUUUGUGUAGGAGAAUCCAAAGGCAAGCGUAAUCUGUUGAGUUGUGAAGAGGAAGAGCUUGACUGUGUGGAAGCACUCAGCUGGUUUGCUAGUUCCAAUCUCCUUGCUGCAAUAAUCGGUUCUCUCACUGAAUUGCAGGAUGUUGUUAACAAACCAGGUACAAAGUCCUGGGUUUCUGGAAAGUUACUGUUAAGUGCAGCCAGGAAUUCGUUUUCAAAACUGAUGGACAAGCUGAAUGUUAUAAUGGAGACGGUUCCAUUAGACCACAGCAAGUACAUUACUUAUCUGGAGAAAGACUCCUUGGUACAGAGCCUGGCUCAUGGACUUAAUAAAAUAAAUACCCAGGCCCUGGAAGCUGGAUUGUGUGACAGAGUAUCCAGUAUGAAAAACAUAGAAUCCUUGCAAAAGCAAAUAUUUGAAUUUACACAAAGACUUCAUACAGCAGAAGUGGAACGCCGCUCACUGCGCUUACAAGUUGCAGAAUUUAAAUUGAAUUUCAGUGAGAUAAAAAAAGAAGCAGACAAAGCACAGAGGCUGCAAGAGCAGUUAAAUAUGCUUAAGCAAAAAUCAAUCACCCAUGAGAGGUUUGAAAGUGUAUGUGAAGAAUUAAAUAAUGCAUUACAUCGGGAGCAUCAGGCACAAUUGCUUUUGAAUGAACAAGCACAACAGCUGCAGGAGUUAAAUAAUAAACUAGAAUGGCAAUCCAGUGAAGAAGCAGAUAAAACCCAAGUCUUAAGUGAAUCUGUAAAGGGUUUAGAAAUGUCACUGGUAAUGCAAGAUCAUUGAGACCAGUAGGACAUGAUCAGAGCCAGAUGGUUUGAGGCUGUGACAGAUGAGAGAGCCUACAAAUGAAAUGCAAGAAAUUGGUGCAAUACGUUGUGUCCUCAUAGAUACGCAAAUAAAUAUUUUUAUGUAUCUACAUAUGAUAGAUUAUCACUUUUAAAGUGAAGAUGAAAUCUAAGUGCUGGUUGUGUUUUUGCCUUGCAUAGUAUGUGCUAAUGUGCACAAGUAGAUAAUGUGUAGCAAAAUAAACAGUAUUGCAGAGAGCAGUGCUACAGAGCAGCAUCAGAGUUUGCUUGUAAUAUUAAUGCCUCAUUUACAGGUACGUGGCAGUUAUGAAAAGUCAUCUUUUUCAAUGUAAUCCAGGUGUAAACCAUGUUGUUGAAACGUUGGAACUGUACCAACUAUAAGGCUGAGAGUCUACCAGGGUAAAAAUGUAACAGUGAAAAACCCCCAGAUUAUUCCUUUUUGGUGGCACUUAAGUAUCUGAUUUAAAGGCGUGACACUGCCGAAUCACAGAAAAUCUGCUACAUAUGCAGGGCUGCGUCUUUUCUAGUCUGUGACUGCAAAGGGCUAAAUGUUGUUUUGGGAGAGAAAUUUACAUUUCUAAGGAGAAAAAAGAAAUAUCAGUCCUGAGGUAGUGUGUCAGAAAUUGAAUAAGAAUUGAAUGAUCAUGUACUCAUGCCACCAUGCAUGUGAUUCCAAAAAUUUAUUCUCACUUAACUUCAAGGAUUAUUCUUAAAAUGCAUAGUGAUAAAGCUUGAGUUUUUAUAAAAUUGUAUUUGUUCUAUUAAGUGGUAUAAUCCCUCUCGGCAGCUUUCCAGUAAUACUAACAUAAUUCACUUAGCUUAGAAUAUGAUUAAAAUUUCUAAAUUAUAAUGUGCAUAGGUUUUGUCAUGUACUUUCUAAUUUUUCAAAGCACAGUUUAAAAGUAGGUCUCAAUUAUUCUCUGUUUGGAUUAGUGUAUGUCUGAAAGACCCAGUUCAUCUUCUUAUUCGAAAGGGUCUCCAUCAACAGUCCAUGAAGAUCUAGGCUAUGUGUGGGCAGUUUAUGUUUUGUAACUUAACUUUAAAAGUUUUGUUUAGUUUUACUUUGAAGCUGAAUGAGCAUAUAAUGUGUUCUCUGAAAGAGACUUUAUUGUGUGAAAUUAUUUGGAAAAAGCUACUCUGCUUAAGUUACUAAACUCUUUUAAUUCACAAUAACUUUAAAACAUACACAACUCAAUGAUUUCACAAAGCAUUUUCAGUCAUACUUUGCUAAACAUCUUGAGCUAAUGCAGUUGAAAAAUAAAUUUCUUUCUUGUUGAUCAGAACAGAUUUCUAUUGGGAAAUGUUUGCACGAUAGCAAAGAGAUAUGAAACAUAGGUGUAAGUCUUUAAGGCACUGUAAUCCUGAAUCACUGCACGUGAGAUGUUUGAGGUACCUAAACUUGCUUAGAUGUCUAAGGGUUAUGUUUCUGUCAACAAAUGAACUGUUGUCUACAUGUACAUAGGUAAUGAAUGUCAUUUGUUUUCAUGACAUGAGUGCCUCAAAUUUCAGGUGAAUUUUGUAAGAAAAAUCUCUUGCAAAGUGUAAAUGUGUGCAUUUUCCUUUCCCCAUCUAUUGAAUGACUCUCAAAGGAAAUUUCAUUUAAAUGUUUCUUAAUACUUGAGUUCUAGAUUUUGUACAGUAGCCUUAUAUCACAACUGUUUUUAGAGCUUCAUGUAUUGUUAUGUAACUCAUAAUCAUCUUUAGAUGUUUGCUUGACAUUUUUGUCUGAUUUUGUCUGGUACUGAUUUGGAUAAACCAUUGUUUGUACUCCAAUAUUAUGAGGGUUUUUCAUAUUAAACAGUCACAAGUAAUUGUAUCUGACAUUGUGUUAGAAAUGUGAAAAUAUGCCUGCAAGUAUCUCGUCAUUCACCAGUAUUUUGUUGAUUAUUUAUUAAAAUGAUUGUGCUGGCUGGUA